UCCGAAAUGACCCCCAUAUACGAUCCUGAUGCUUCAGCAGAACAGCCACUUCUUUCAUCCUCCUCGACCCCAUUCGAUUCAGAGUCAGGAACGCAAACCACCAAGCCCAGUCGAUAUGUUGAAGAUGCUGUGCUGCCGGAAACCGCAGUCCUAGGACGCAACCUCUCCAAGUCCAGCGCCUACAUCCUCGUCAUCUCGCGCGUCAUCGGGUCAGGAAUCUUCGCAACGCCCGGCUCGAUCGUGAAAACCACCGGAUCCGUUGGUCUUGCCCUCCUCCUCUGGGUGGUGGGAGCAUUGCUCGCAGGAUGUAGCAUGAUGAUAACUCUCGAAUAUGGGUGCAUGCUUCCAAGAUCGGGGGGUGAUAAGGUUUAUCUCGAAUUUACGUAUCAACAUCCGCGAUUUUUUGCAAGCACAUUGGUGGCGGUACAGGCUGUGUUGUUGGGGUUCACGGCGAGUAAUUGUAUUGUGUUCGGAGAGUAUAUUCUCUAUGCUUUUGAGUAUGAAGUCACGGAGUUCUCACAGAAGAGUCUAGCUCUCGGGUUACUGACGGUGAUCACGGUUGUGCAUGGCUGCUUCCUGCAGGCUGGUAUUCGGAUUCAGAACUUCUUGGGGUGGAUUAAGGUGGGACUGAUCUUGUUUAUGGCGUUGACGGGGAUAUACGUCGUGCUGUUCCGAGUAAAUACUGGAGGAGAUGUCAAGAAUCUUUCAUCGCAACUUUCCUGGGAUGGAUUGUGGAAAGAAUCGAACUGGGGAUGGGGAACCUUGUCCACGGCAAUCUUCAAAGUCUCAUAUUCUUAUGCCGGUCUUGGCAACAUCAACAACGUCCUCAACGAAGUCAAGGAUCCAGUUCGGACAUUAAAAACGGUUACGCUCGCUUCUCUGGCCACCGCAUGCCUCCUUUACCUCCUCGUCAACUUCGCCUACUUCGUCGUCGUCCCACUCGAUCAAGUGAAGGAAGGCGGUGAACUCAUCGCCGCCCUGUUCUUCGACUAUGUGUUUGGAAAGGAUUUCGGCAGAAUCGUCUUACCACUUGCGAUCGCGGUUUCCGCAGCAGGGAAUGUAAUGGUUGUGACUUUCACCUUGGCUCGAGUCAACCAAGAAAUCGCCCGCCAAGGCUUCCUCCCCUACUCCCGGCUCCUCUCCUCCUCAAAGCCCUUCGGUGCACCACUUGGCGGCUUGAUCGUACACUACAUCCCUUCUUUCCUCGUCAUCGCCAUCCCGCCACGAGGAGACGUGUACAACUUCAUAUUAGACGUGGAAGGAUAUCCCGGACAGUUUAUGGCCUUUGCAACCGCCUUGGGUCUUCUUUGGCUGAGGAGGAAGAGAAGUGAUUUGAAGAGACCAUUCAAGGCUUGGUUACCUGCUGUGUGGUUGAGAAUUGUGAUUUGCUUGGCGCUGAUUGCGGCGCCAUUUUUCCCGCCUAAAGAUGGGAGGGCUGAUGUGGGGUUCUUUUAUGCUACUUAUGCCAUUGUUGGGAUUGGGAUACUAUUGUUUGGAGUGUUGUACUGGUACUUGGUUUUUGUUGCCAUUCCGAAAUGGUACGGAUAUAGAGUUGAGGAAGAAGUCGAGGUGUUGAGUGAUGGGACGAGUAUUACAAGACUUGUCAAUGUGAAGAAUGAGUGAAUGGGAUAGAAUAGAUUUAGAUAAGUCUUGGGACAGGGUACCCAGAGUAUUCAUAAUAGAAAUAUCAACACUUCCAAAUCAUACAAUCAUGCUUUCCCGGCACCACCUCGAAUCCUCGGCUCAAGCGGAAACACUUGUUCUUCCUCCGUCACAUUUUUAUAAAGCUCAUCCCAGCGAGUUUUCAGCGCAGCUGGCGUCUCCCACGCAAGCUCCGGAUCCCUCAACCAAAGUCUCAGCAAGUGUCUCCUGA